UGCGCCCCUGGCGGCCAUAGCCGCUCUCUCCUGCGCUAAUGGCGGACGAGGAGGUGGAAGAUCUUGCUUCUGUUCACAAUGUGGUCGGAUCGGGGGGCAAGUCCGGAGACAAGAUGUUCACGCUUAAGAAGUGGAACGCCGUGGCCAUGUGGAGUUGGGACGUGGAGUGCGAUACCUGCGCCAUCUGCAGGGUGCAGGUGAUGGAUGCUUGUCUCCGGUGUCAAGCUGAAAACAAACAAGAGGAUUGUGUUGUGGUUUGGGGAGAAUGUAACCACUCCUUCCAUAACUGCUGCAUGUCGCUGUGGGUGAAACAGAACAAUCGCUGCCCUCUUUGCCAGCAGGACUGGGUGGUGCAGCGAAUAGGAAAAUAGUGCUGUUCUCAUUUACCACAAUCUUUAUGGGUGCCAGGUUGAUGUGUUUGGUAUGGCUGAGUUGAGUUUCCUAUUGUAAAGUGAACAUUUUUAAGAGUGGCCCCUCCUUCCCCCUCAGCAUUUUUACACAGAGAUGAUCUGCCUGUAUUGAAUGAAUCAGAAGUCAUUGGAUAUGACUUGUAUAUAUUUAUUAAAAAGUUGGAAGAGUAUGAAACAUGUUCCAGUGUUUUGUUUCUUAUGUCAUUCAGAUUGCUAUUGAUAUAUUGCUAUUGAUAUUAGUCCCUCCUCCAAAAUGCAGCAUUUGAUUUUUUUUAGAUUGGAAAUAUCCAAUCUUUAUGUUUUUCAACUGAACCAUCGUAAAACAUGUCUCAGCCUGAAGUGUCAACUGUUUAUUCUUUUCCAAAUAUGCUGCCUGACCCGCUAGUUCCUCCACCAUUUUGUAUGUAUUGAUCUGGCUUUCCAGGGACUGCAGAAUCUUGUUUAUGAAAUGUGCUAGAUUCCCAAUCUGUCCCUUGAUAAAUAUUGCACCAUCCUGGCCUUACUCUUGAGGAAAAGAUCAUGUCAAGAUUACAAAUUUUAUUUGAUUGCCCUUGUACAUUCAUCCCCAUUCCCUCUCUAACAGCAAUGUGGGUGUACUUACACCUCAGGGACUGCAGCGGUUCAAGAAGGCAGCUCAUCACCACUUCUCAAGGGCAACUAGGGGUGGGCAAUAAAUGCCGGCUUAGCUGAUGAUGACCACAUCCCAUAAAUGAAUAAUUUUUUAAAAUUCAGAUCUCCAGAUUCUAAUGUAGGAAUCUGGAAAGCAUCUCAGCCAGAUUCAGGCCAGGGGGAAAAGUUCUGGAAAGAAAAGACUAGGACAGUGGAGGGAGAUAGAAAAUGGUUACAAGAAAUUGAAUUUCAAGUAAAAUUUUAUUUGUGGAUCAAAAAAUUUAAUGAUGGAUAACAUAGGUUCUCAACCUCUUUCUGCUUGCGGCCCACUUGUGACUUUCAUUUACCUCUGUGGACCUCACCCUCCAUGCUCUCCAUUAGCUGCUAAUUUUUUUUGGUCAAUUGUACAAUUAUUCUAACAAUACAGUCAAUAUUUAUGUUUAAGCAGGUUAUAGAUGUUAAAUGUUACAGGUGCACAUGAAAAAUAAAACUAUUUUAAUUCUC